AUGAGGAUGCUCGUCGGAUUCGUUACCCUGGCGCUCUUGGCGGGAGCAUUGGCCGCCCCGUUGGAUGAUUCUAAAAGUGCCCAAAUCUUGCGAUACAACAGCGAAAAUAUCGGUAUCGAUGGCUACCGUUUCGAUUUUGAAACCAGCGAUGGAACGAGCCGAACGGAAGAGGCCGAACUGCGCAACCCCGGCACGGACAAUGAGGCGAUUGUGGUCCGAGGAUCCUACUCGUACACCGGACCGGACGGAACCGUCUACGUGAUCAAUUAUGUUGCUGAUGAGAACGGGUUCCAGCCGGAGGGAACGCACAUCCCGAAGUAG